AUGUUGUCCAGCAAAAUACUGGGCGUCUCGACAGCCCACAUCUCAGUGGCAGGCGCCGUAGUCUGUAUCAUCCUCUUCACACUCCAGCGCUUUCUCACUGUCCGAUGGAAAGGAAGGGAACGGAAACCGAGCAUCGCAAUCAGCAAGGAGAAAGAGAAGGUCAAACCUGAUCUGCCGUAUCUGCUACAAUUUCCCCCCUCACGACGACAUGUCCUCGCUACGCUUCCCGAAUUCGACAAGGCAGAUGUACAAGCCAUCGCACCCGAGAUCCUCAAAUCGCAAGCAUUACCAACGGUUACGACACCCGACUUUGACAAAGAGGGCUUCUACACACCUACCGGCUUUUCAACCCAGGACAUCAAGAAACUCGGACGCUUCCCCGACUACGCAGCCUUGAGUGGUGUCCGCGAUCCGAAUCCCGUCCCGGAAAACUGGGACAUUACCAAAGCCAAGUUCCGACCUUACCGUCCUUUUCGCUGGGGAUAUCAUCAGCACAUGGCCCUCAUGAAAUACGACCCAGACUGGUGGGUCGAGCUCACCUCCUCCUACCACACCAUCAUGUCCACCCGCCGCUCCCUCCUCACCCAACACGGCUCCCGCAUCUUCUUCCAAAACCCCUGCGCCACACACGCCUGCCGCGAACUAAUGGAGAUGGUCCUCUCCUUCCUGUGCAAGCGGUACCCGAUGCACUUUUCUUUUUCUUCAGAUCAAUCCCUCUUCCACAACAACCUCCUCUCCACCACCACCAAUUUACUCCAAACCGACCCCUUACAAGUCCUCUUCGACAACGUCCCCGAAGACUACGCCGUCAUGAUGCGCAACGAAACAGAUGGGUUAUAUUAUCUGAGAGCAGCAAUCGUUUGUUCAAGCGUAGGCUGGUACGUCGCUCAACACCGCGACGCCCCGCUCAAGACCAUCCAUACACACGUGCCCGAUUACGAGUCCAAGAUGGCAUUUAGCAUGGACCGGUGGUUUAGCAAGUUAUCCACUGAGGCGCCGGUGAGCAGAUGUUCGUGGGGCUUGGAAGACUGGGAAGCGUUUCACACCUCUCCCGACCCUGACGCUUCUUCGGGGGAAUGGAACCGGUCCGCGUUUAACGGUAGGGAAGAAGAAGUGACGGUUGGCGAUAUUAAGCUUAGGUGUGACGCGCAGACUUUGAGGAGGUUACCGGUUAGUGGGGCGGUGGUGUUUAAUUUCAAGGCCAUCUUUUGGGACUUGGACGAGUUGAGAAACGAAAGGUUUGUGCCACAGUUGUUGGCCAAGAUGUUGAAGGAGGGGAAGCGGGAUCUGAUUGGGUAUAAGUGUGAGGAACAUGUGAGGCAGGUGGCGAUGAGGGCGUUGGGGGCGUGGGCGGAGGAGCAAGUUGGGAAGGGGUGGGUGCCGCGGGAAUGGGAGGUCGGGACGCUGGAGGAGAGUCCGUUUUUUCCGGGGUGGGAGGGGAAGUGGAGACUUUUUGACUUUUGA